AUGGAGCAAGUGAUCUACAAAAACACAUGGAAUUCUUCCUCAUAUACCUCAUUCUUGAUGCUAGGUUCCAUCCUGAGAAAGCUUGAGAUUUCAUUCGAAGACUUUAUCUCAGGUCGUUCAACCAUUAGCAAGACGUCUCUGCGAGAAGCUCUCUGCGAUGUGCCAUGUGAAGAGCUAAUACCACUGUGGGAAUCCGGCUCCGGUUUAUGCACCUCAUUUUCCCUCUGUGUCGCCGCGAGAAUUGAAAGUCAGAACUAUCCUUCCACCUUCACCGUUGCAGAACUCCGGGGGCAUCGAGCCUCUUUCAAUCAGCGUGGCGUCGUGAUUGAUUCCUCUGCCCGCCAAGCUCUCACUCUUCAGAAACAGCCAGUCAAGGCGUAUAAGGGGACUUGGAAGAUGGAGAGACCAGAAGAAUCAGCACCUGUAUUACUUUUUAAACCAAGCAAAAGCAACACCUUUUCCCCAUUUUGUCCCUUGAAAGACCGUUGCGAGGGCAUGAAAGCGUGCCUCCUCCAAUUGGCAAGCCAAUCUACUUUCAUAUGCAUGUUUCGAAUGGAAGAAUAUAACCAAUUGGGAUUCAACGGUCGCAUCACCUACAAAUCUCAGGAACGCAAAAUAACAUGGAGCCAGGUUAGGUUCAAUCCGUCAACAAAGCGCCAACAGUUCUUUGAAAGCGUCGUAGAUUUUUCAGUGCCUGGUGACAAGGAAACAAUGAUAUCAUACGCGGCUGAGUUCAGGGGUUUUUGCGAAGACAGAGCUAGGAUACAGCAGUACGAGAUAGUGAAACCUUUUCUAGCAAAGCUAUGGGACACAUGUAUUGAAGAGCUGGGUUAUGGAAACUGCUAUGGCGUUUGGUUAUAA